AUGUCGCAGAGCGGGAGCGGGACGCCCGGACUGCAGGAGGAGAGCCUGCAGGGCUCCUGGGUGGAACUGCACUUCAGCAGUAAUGGGAACGGCAGCAGCGUGCCAGCCUCAGUUUCUAUUUAUAAUGGUGACAUGGAGAAAAUCCUGCUGGAUGCCCAGCAUGAGUCUGGACGGAGCAGCUCCAAGAGUUCUCACUGUGACAGCCCGCCUCGCUCACAGACCCCACAGGACACGAACCGAGCAUCUGAGACAGACAGCCAUAGCAUCGGAGAAAAGAACAGCUCCCAGUCGGAAGAAGAUUACAUUGAGAGGAGGAAAGAAGUGGAAAGCAUCCUAAAGAAAAACUCAGACUGGAUAUGGGACUGGUCCAGCCGGCCGGAAAACAUCCCCCCUAAGGAGUUUCUGUUCAGGCACCCGAAGCGCACGGCCACACUCAGCAUGAGGAACACCAGCGUCAUGAAGAAGGGGGGUGUCUUUUCCGCUGAGUUUCUCAAAGUCUUCCUUCCGUCUCUGCUGCUCUCACACCUGCUGGCCAUUGGACUAGGGAUCUACAUCGGGCGGCGGCUGACCACCUCCACCAGCACCUUCUGA